GGUGUGAUUUCGUGCAGACUUCUCACUGAAAACGAGAGUCGGCCAUCUUGUACGGAUGCUUUGUAAAUGUUUAGGCCUAACUGAAAAUGUAUAUUUUAUAAAAUUCUCUUUACAAUCAAAAAUACAACCUGUCAAGUUUUGAAGUUCAAUAUUAUAUCUAAAUCAAUUCCAUAUAUCAGCAUAUAUAUUUGGUAAUAUGCCAUUACCUAGUCGAGCAAGAGUAUAUGCAGAUGUUAAUUCACAUAGGCCACGAGAAUAUUGGGAUUACGAAUCACAUGUUGUCGAAUGGGGCAAUCAAGAUGAUUAUCAGCUUGUGAGAAAAUUGGGGCGUGGAAAAUACAGUGAGGUCUUUGAAGCAGUCAAUAUUACCAACAAUGAGAAAUGUGUAGUAAAAAUAUUAAAGCCAGUAAAGAAAAAGAAGAUUAAAAGAGAGAUAAAAAUAUUGGAAAAUCUUCGAGGUGGUCCGAAUAUUAUUUCCCUACAAGCUGUAGUUAAAGAUCCAGUGUCUCGGACACCAGCAUUAAUAUUUGAACAUGUGAAUAAUACAGACUUCAAGCAAUUAUAUCAAACUUUGACAGAUUAUGAUAUUAGGUUCUAUCUCUACGAAUUAUUAAAGGCAUUAGAUUAUAGUCAUAGUAUGGGAAUAAUGCAUAGAGAUGUAAAACCUCAUAAUGUAAUGAUUGAUCAUGAAAAUAGAAAGUUGAGACUUAUUGAUUGGGGUUUAGCAGAAUUUUAUCAUCCUGGACAAGAAUAUAAUGUUAGAGUUGCAUCUCGGUAUUUUAAGGGUCCAGAACUUUUAGCUGAUUAUCAGAUGUACGAUUAUUCAUUAGAUAUGUGGAGCUUGGGUUGUAUGUUAGCUAGUAUGAUUUUUCGCAAAGAACCUUUUUUCCAUGGUCAUGAUAAUUAUGAUCAACUGGUUCGAAUUGCUAAAGUAUUGGGAACAGAAGAAUUAUAUGAAUAUCUAGAUAAAUACCAAGUAGAAUUAGAUCCAAGAUUUAAUGACAUUUUAGGAAGAAAGAAUGACAAAUCUGACCUGUUACCAUCCAGGCAUUCGCGGAAGAGGUGGGAGAGAUUUGUACAUAGUGAGAAUCAACACUUGGUUAGUCCGGAAGCGCUCGAUUUUUUGGACAAGUUAUUGAGAUACGAUCAUCAAGAAAGGCUUACGGCACAAGAAGCUAUGGAACAUUCUUAUUUGUAUCCCAUUGCCAAAGAACAACAAGCAAGAUUUGUUGAAACCCAAAGAAUGUCUGGACAUAGCAGCUCACCACCGCCUGUUACAACUUCAACCACAGUAUUGAAUUCCAACACUAUUGCGGGAAUGCCUACCUCUCCCGUCGCUUCUCCCAGCAUCGCAUCUCUACCCAGCACCACGUCUGCUCAGUCUUAAAAAUAUAUCAUAUCACUUAAUAUAAAUUUGCCUUGGAGCAUCCUUUCCAGGGAGCCGCCGUCGGGAACGGAACGAAAAAAUAAAUAAAUAAAUAAAGUAAAAUAAAGAAAAAAAAAUAACGCGAGAGGACCACCUCCGAUUUCGAUUUUGCCCGAAGCGAUCGAUGUAGUUCGUCGUUUAUGAAUUAAAUUAAUUAAAGUUGGGGGAUUUUUUUAAUUAUUAUUAUUAUUAUUAUCGUUUCGAUUCGUAAAAUAAACAAUUCUACACGUAAAAGGAAAUUUUUAGUAUGGACGAAAGUGUGUGUGGGUCCGUCUCCCUGGCAAGGAAGAGGGGCCGUAUUUUAAGGAAAAAAAAAAGGUACAGUACAGUACAUUUUGUGUUCUAGAUCUGACCGUUCUAUGCGGAACGCACGUGCCGAGGUGGGAAGUCGUAGCUGCCGUUCCCCCCGUUUCCUAGGCCCCCGACCGGCCUGCCGUGGUUCGUUCUAGUGUCCCACAAAACUAUAUUGUUUCCUACUUGUGCCUCCGAACGGAAGGGCGGAAGUACGACACAAGUAGUGAGUUAUCCAUUAGCAUAAACCUGAUAGUUGGAAGCUCACUCUGAUAAAAAAAAAAAAUAAUAAAAAAAAAAAAUUAUAUCAACAGUUUGUACACAUGUAACAUAUG